AUGUCUAGACUCUAGACUCUAGACUUAAUCCCUUGUCUUUCAAUUCUCCUUUCUUUCUACAGAUCCCUCACUUGCCACUCUCCUUCGGCCUGACUCAAAAUUCGUCUAUACCAUUUCCCCAAUGAUUUACCAAAUUUUUAGCACGAUCAAAACUAUACACUACAAACAAGCCAGAUAAGGACUGUUUCACAAACUGAACCCACAAAUACAAGAGCCAUAGAAGAUGUGUCAGUGAGAUUGCUGAACUUGCUCCAUACAGUAUGAGCUCUAACUCCCAAAAAAAAGAGGAGACAUUGACCAAGAGCCACACACAUAAGCCAGCAGAGGCUCAAAAGGAACCAGAACAAACUUCUGACAACCAGAAAGAAUAUAACUUGCUUGAUCCUGAACAACUAGCAUCUUACAUCGGUUUCACACCUGAGCAAUGAAUCAGCACGGUUAGUCAGAUUGACGGAGUACUCGCGAGGGAAGACACCGAGUUCAGACUGAAAUCUAGAUCAAAAUACAUGAAACUUAUGCAAAAGAAGAAGUUUAGAAUAUCUAGCCACAAGAACAUCCCAGAGAUGAAAUAAUUUUCAUAGGCGGACUAUGAUUUUCUUCCUGGGGAAAUUCUAAUUCAAUAAACCUACCUCAAUUUGUAGUAAAAA